UUUCGCUGUCUGUAUUAUCGGCUAGAAUGAAAUCAACUCGCAAAAUGAGGUAAAAUAGAGGAAAAUGAAAAAUGUGAAAAAGGCCAAUAAGAAAUGGGCAGACUAGGCAGGACAUGGAAUUCCAAAAUGAAUCGUGAAGUCACUUCUUGCACGCCCGAUAUUAUCAUAGCUAUAAUCAGUGUCGUUCUUUUGUGGUUAAUAGUUGAGGUACAUCGGCAGAAGGUGGCAAACGCAGUUAACAUGGGGUGGAAAAUAUUGAAAUGUUCGCAUGGCAUUGAAAAUACCACCGACAAAGAAAAUGCGAAGGAACGUGUGACUGAAUAUUUUUGCAGAGAGUUGAACUGUCCCGUUCUGUGUUUAGUCCACAAAACCGGAUCGUCAGACAAAGUUCAUUUAGUAUCGCCGUGUCUCAAGUGCAAUUUGCCACUUGCUUUGCAGCAACCAUGGCCCAUGGGAAACAGUUCUUGCUCUGAUAACGACAAUCAAGAGGGCCGAGCCCAUUCCGAGCUAAAAGUCUACACGAAGCAACCUAAUCCAAUGAAAUCCAGGUCUUCGGUGGUCUUACAGGAAUUAAGCAACACUUCGACGAUUAGAAGCAGGCAAUCCAGCAACGAAAAGCAUGAGAAGCACUCCAGAAGCCGGGAACUAACGAAUUCUUUAACUCUACCGCUAGUUUCCAAAACCUCGGAAAGUUCCUAUGCAAGAAGGAAAUCCGUGAGAUUUGUAGAUCCAUACAGACUACAUCGUUGUGAUAGCAUGGCUAGUCUGUGUUAUUCUGAACAUUGA